AUGCCGGUUGCAGGCGAGCGCUGCGAGCGCUGCACCGAGGGGCCGCCGUGCGCGCCCGGCGGCGUGUGCUCGGUGGUGGACGGGCGCGGCUCCUGCGAGGUGGACGUCUGCCGGGGCUACUGCCUCAACGGGGGCACGUGCGCCACGUCGGCGCAGGGCGUCGCGGCCUGCGCCUGCGCCGCCGGCUGGGCGGGCGUGCGCUGCGAGCUGCGCGCGCGCGCGCCCGACGCCGCGCACGACAACGACACGCCGCCGCGCCGCGGCGCGGGCGACGACGCGGGCGACGACGCAGGCCUGCGCCCGCACCAAUCGCUGGCGGAGUGCGAGCCCGGCCCGGAGGGCGGCUGCGUGAACGGCGGGCGCUGCGUGGCCACGGUGGGCGGACAGCGCUGCGCCUGCGCGGGCGGCAGCCCCUGGGGCGGCUCUCGCUGUAGCGUCUACGUCGGCUACGACCACACCUGCAAGCACCUCGGCUGUCCCCCUACCACCGUUUGCGUCUGGAGACCCACACCCGACGCGGAGGAGGAGGGCACCCCGUUCUGCGCGUGCCUGGAGGGUGCGACGUGCCCGCCCACCGACAAGUACAAGAUGAUGGGCGGGCUGGCGCCGCGGCCGCCCAGCCGCGCGCCGCCGCCGGCAUCGGCGGAGGGCGGCGCGCUGCACGCGGCGCUGGCGACGCUGCUGGUGCUGGCGCUGCUCGGGCUGCUGGCGCUGCUGGCCCUGCGCUGGCGCAGACGCGGAGCCUUCGUGCACGCGCGCCUGGCGGACAACGUGGAGAUCAACAACCCGAUGUACCUGGCGGGCGACGACGACGCCGACGCGCCGCCCCCCGCGCCGCCCGCGCCCCUCGCGCCGCUCGCGCAGCGCCACGCCAACGGCAGCAACCACUUCGCGAACCCGGUGUACGAGAGCAUGUACGCGCAGCAGCAGAACAACCCCGUCGAGGAGCACGCCAACCUGCUGGAGGGCGAGGGCGCGGGGGGCGCGGCGGGCGCGGGGGGCGAGCGCGACCGCGCCGCGCUCCUCUAAGCCCCUCGGCCUCUUCACGCCGCGCCGUUCUCCGCUUCGUUGUGCCAAACUACGUAACCUCCAUGUCAAUAAAGAAGGUUCCAGUAACACGCAUAAAGAACAUUUGUUUUCUGUCGACACUUUCGCAACUUCUACAUAACACGAAAUUAACGAUCUAUUACGUCCGAACACGAUCGCUCUGCAAGUUACGUGAACUUGAAAAUAACAAAGCGAACGUUUAACACGUACGACUUGAAGUCGUAUUGCUUGAAGUAAUUAUCGUGGUUUCCCUACAGAGCUAAUGUUAUCGACGAAGAUUCGUCGAAAAUUUAUGAGACGGCGAUAGUGAUGUUAGCACUUGAAGAUGAACCGCUUUUUCCUUGUUUAUUCACGCCUGAUUCCAUCACUUUAUCCCGGAAAAAAUUCUGUCAAAGUACGACCUAUCGACUAGAUCUCCAAUUACAAGAAAAUGUAAUUACUAUGUAAUUCUUUAAAGUUUUGUAUUCACAAUCAUCUUUAUUCUUAUAAUAAAUUCAUAAUUGUGAAGGCUGCCCUACUUGCAUGUUUACACCUUUUUAUACUCUUUAUUAUUUUUGAUAUUAUGAAUAUUGUUUUAUGGCAAUCCAAUAAUCAUUUGUUUAGGGCCAAGGCGGCGACAGUGACUCACUUUUUUUGAAAGGCCAGUUCUUGAUUUUGAAACGGGUUCGAGAAUAGUUAGGGUGAAAAAUACGAGGUGUAAGCUAAUGUAAUUUUGUAAUUUUAUUCGAUAAAAGGUUUUCUUUUUAUAAAAUCGGGUUAAGCCACUGCGUACUGCGGGUUGGGUACAGUGAAUCACGUAGGUCGACAGUGAGCCAUCGAAUAUAUAAUUUACAAUAAAAUGCAGUUUUUAGGGGUUUAAAUUAAUAUUUUUACUCUACAUCUCUGAAAAUAGCCUCCAGCCCUCAUUAUGUAUCUGAACUGAAAGGGGGAUAUAAUUGUGGGUAGUUUUUAAUCGAUGACGGAGCAAGUUGAUUCCACAAUUUCCAAACAACUUUUAUUACAAAUAUUAGAAUCAAAUCAAGUAAAAUUUUCCGAAAGAGUACCAAACUGGGGGUAACGCUACUCCACUGGCAUUAAUAAUACAACAAGUGGUGGCUAAAAUGUCUCUAUCGCCACGUGUAACUUUGCCUAUAUUUUUACGGCCUUUUGGUGCGAUGACUUUUUGAAACUUUUUGUACCGUUGUAGUAGAAGUUUCGUCUAGAUUAUUAAUUCUUGACCCGUCUGCAAACGCGGAGCGCCUUUUUAUUAAGUCUUCUACAUAUAUACAAUCAUUUAACGUUUGUUCUAUUGAAGGAUGUAACACUUGCGAGACUACAUGCCUCCGGUUUUCUCAGUGUGAGUUCUGGAUUUCUCUUUCUGAAACUUAAAAACCAAUCUUUUCCAGCCAUUUGUUUUGUCCGCCAUGAAUCGGGCAUUUCAAAAUUAUUUACAUUAGUCAUUUGGUAGGCAAUUUCCAGGUGUUCCUUCGCAUUUAAUCCAUAAAAAAUCAAAGCAGUGUGUAAAAUAAUCUUUUAAUAUUUUUUCCUGCGCUGUAGUGAAAACCUUAUUAAUGGUAUAAUUUAGCGUCAAAGGAGUUUAAAGUGAUAGCGCCUUAGUGUAGUGAAAGGAAUUCCUGAAAGUUUUGCAGCUUUUCUGACACUCGUUCCGUUCUUAAUAUUUUUAAAGCUUUCUUCAUGUCGUCCGCUGUAUGAUUUCCGAUUUUACGGGGCUUUGAUGGACGAGGCAUUCAUUUGCUUUAAUAUUAACUGGGGUCUAUUUGAUAUAAAUAACAAUAGAAUAGAUUUUAUUUUUAUUUCGUGGCAAAAACAAUACUAUUUGUUGGGUAGAUAUCAAUACAGUACACAGUGGCUCAUGAUCCAGUGUGUACUCAAUUGGUUUCAACCACACUGUGUACUUGGCCGCCAUUUUGCAUAUAAGUCACACGCAACACUAUUGCCUACUGACAGGUGCAUUAUAGGUGAUACAUAGCGUUUUCAAUCAAACUGAAUUUCUGACCACAAAUAUCGAUUUAUUAAUGUAACAAAAGGUUAGUGAAUAAAUACGAAGUAUAUCUUACCAUAAUACUUUCCUUUUGUAACUGGAAAUCAGAAACUACACCUCACGUACAAUUUUUUAAUUGGGUUAGUACAUUUAUGGAUAGAAAAAUCAUUUCCAUACACCCUUUCCCAUUUUCUUUCUUUUCUUUCAAAGAAGUUAGUGAAUGUUUGUUAUAAAUCGUUACGAGUUAAACGCUUAUUACUCUACCGGAUUUCAAGGGCUCUGCGUCAAGGGUGGGUGUUCAUAAUAUUCAGUCGCCCAAAUCGGGGACCCCAAGUCUUAUUACAUCUCCCUUAGUGAGGGUCCCCUGAAAUCGUUUAGUGUAAUAAGCGUUUUACACCUAGGGUCUGACAAAGUUCCGGUUUAUCACGAAACGCUCAAAAUCUCGAGGUAAACCGAGUUCGCCGUAUGAGUCGGAAGAAAUAUGGAAAGUUUUAAAAGAAAGUGAUGGUGAAGAUCAUCUUAUGGAGGAAUGGAGGAUUCAAACAUGAGAGAUGAGAUUUCUCUACCUUGUGGAACAGAGACUUAAGAUUUCGUUGCUACGAUCCGGGCCAUUAAAUAAUUAUUUUGCUUGUUUACCCGGCUUUUUAAUUUUUGAUUGUUGGGGUUUUGAAAUUGUUUACUUGAAUAUUCUUUUGUUUUCAUUACCAUGAUUACCAUGUGCCAUACCUAUGUGCUAGUCAAUAACAGACUUUUGUGACUUUGUAAAAUAUAUUAUUUCUUGUGGUUUAUUUAGACAGUGAUAAUCUGGCAACAUUGGUUAAUAAGUCAUCCGGUACCGCAUGGUUAAUGUCAUUUUCGUGGUCCAUACGUGUAACCAAAAUGAAGAUGAUCUAGCUGACGUGUGCACAUUUUAUUAAACCCUCAAAUUUAUUAAGGGUCGUGCCUCAUAUAUGAUGCGCUCAGGUAUCGUUUAGACCACGAAAUGCAAGCCAUAUGAUGCAUGCACAGGGCACGUGAAUAUAAAUUUUCACUCGUUACAACAAAAACAAUUCACUGCACAUGCUAAUGUGGUCGCAGACGCAAACUGUCUGGUCCUAACUUGUUCAUAUAUAAGACGUUCCUUACAGGGAGCAAGGAGAAAUGGAAUGAAGGAACAUCUGUUACUUUCCUACCAAUCCUUACCGAGCCACUGUUGCCGCCUCGACACUAGUUGUAAUGUCGACCAAAUACGACUCGCCUGCCUCUGCCAGAGUAGCGAGUCCGGUAGGAUAGAAUUAAGCAAUGUGAUGUACUCUGUUGUACUAAAUGAAUAACUUAACAGUUUAGUAUAAGUUAGGUUUACUUGUUUCGAAGUGAGAUUGCAGCACUCACAUCACUUUAAUAACCUGUAAACUAAAGCGAGUCACUGUUUUGUCGAGGGUGGUAAACACCCGGCCGGUUUAUGUAUGCACAAGAUAGCCUGGCUGCAAUACGCUUCAGUACAGCCAUAUUAUUUCCGCAAAUUGUAUCUAACCUUAAUGCAAAUAAGUUACAACAUGGAUUUAGUUAUAUACUGAAUGUAGGGUUACAAAUAUCUUCUUAGUCUAGUUUUCAUGUACGCAUGGCAAAGUUUGGUUAGUGAAUAGGUAAUUGGAAUAAAAUGAAAUGUAUCCAACGAGAUGAAUUUAUAGCUGUACGUAAAUGGAGAUACUCUGCUCUGCUCUGCAGGCUGUUAUUUUUGUAGUACAAUUUAUUUUACUUGUAAGCUUUUUAACAAAUUUAUUCGAAUAAUGUUAUUGAGACAGUGCCAUAGAAGAGGUGAAAUGUGAAAGUUCCUUUGUUCACGUCUUUAGUUGUGAUCUGAUACUGUUGGUGAUCGCCGCGAAGAUUCGUAGCGGUCGCUCGUUACUCUAGACUGACUGUACAGUGGCUUUCGGUUGAAAGUUACAAAAUAAAAAUGUUAUUAUAGUGUAGUGUGGUCUCAAGUAAUUAGCUGUAUGUCGCGGCCAGUCUCACUCAUGUUUUGUGCGCGUUGUGAUCGCGGCAGCUAUUUUUGAAAGAUACGAUUUUGCAUUUUCUUUUUUUGUAAUAGAUUUCUAGCGUCUAAGUUUAUUGUGUAAUUUGAACAAAUCAGUCGACCAAUGUCCGUCGACGCAUGCGAUAUCGAGCUAUGAUCGCGUACAGAUGAAUCUCAGCGGCGUCGGCGCCGAACGUAGACACGAGCUUACGUCACUAGUAACGAAUUUCAAUUUCAACACGUUUAGCACCAAAUAUUAGUGAUACGUAACUUAGUACAAUUUACUCAUUUUGACGGACAAAUGUCGCACCAUUACUCAUUUAUUCUAAGUUGGUAUACAACAUACCUCAGACGUAUGUAUAAGCCUAGUGUAAUGUUUAGACGUAAGUUUAUGACAGUAAUAAAACGA